AAAUUUCCCGAAACGGCAAGACCUAAAUCAGAGGCGCACUCGGAGUCGGAGCGAGAGAGAGGGAGAGCAAUGGAGGAAGAUCAAAUAGAGAAGUUCGUGGCAGCGUACCUGAAGAAGAAGGGGUUCAAGCAAGCUGAGCACGCUUUCCAAGAAGAACGACAACAGCAAUCGAGCAAGAACAAUUCAUCGUCCUCCACCACCAAUUCCCUCUCUGACCCUGACCUCGCCAAGCACCUCCUCGCCUUCUCCGAAUUGGAGAAUGGUCCUGCACGAUACCAUGAUGGAUAUAGCAAGUUUAGGUCAUGGACUUAUACUUCACUAGAUUUGUACAAGCACGAGUUGCUUCGUGUGCUUUAUCCUGUAUUUAUUCAUUGUUUCAUGGAUCUGGUGGAAAAAGGGCAUGUUCAAGAAGCGCGAACCUUUUUCAAUAGCUUCCGUGAAGACCAUGAAAUGAUGCACUCGCGAGACCUUCAAAAGUUGGAAGGAGUUCUUUCUCCCUCUCAUCUGGAGGAGAUGGAAUUUGCUCAUUCUCUUAGGCAGAGCAAAGUGAAAAUAAAGAUAUGUCAGUACUCCUAUGAGCUACUGCUGCAGUAUCUACACAAGACAAAAUUGACCACAAUGCUUGGGGUUAUAAAUGAGCAUAUUAACUUUCAAGUUUCUCCAGGGCAGCCCAUCUCAAUUUCUGAUGACACUGAAGUCGUAACACUUACUGGAAGCAGCCACGAUGAGGCCACCCGGAUAAAUCAGAAGGAAAUACAUUGGGGGCUGCUUGAAGAUUCUUUAGAAGAACGCUUGGAAAAGGGUGGAGGUUUGCUCUCCGAUUCUGAAAAGGCUGAAGGAGAAACCAAAGAGGGAGAAUUAGAUGAAAAUAAGAAAAGAUCAGGUGAAGGAGCAAAGCAAGGCAUGUCAAUUAAAAAGUUAAAGAAGGACAAGGGUGUAAGUGCAACAGGGAAAACUGGGCGUCCUGAGGCUAACACUGUACCUAUGGCACCACGAGUCAAACCAGAGCUUACUUUGCCAGUAAUUCACACAGAUGUAGAAAAGUCUAUUCUUGAAGACCUAAGAAACCGGGUUCAGUUGAGUAGUGUAUCACUGCCAUCUGUCAGCUUUUAUACAUUCAUCAACACACAUAAUGGUUUAAACUGUUCAUCAAUAUCCCAUGAUGGAUCUUUGGUUGCUGGUGGAUUUUCAGACUCAUCGUUGAAGAUUUGGGACAUGGCAAAGCUUGGGCAAGAACCUGUUGGCCCUGUUUUGCAGGGUGAAAACGGUACCACUUCAAAUGAACAUGUUUUAGGGUCAAGAGGUGGAAAAAGAUAUACAUUGUUUCAAGGUCAUUCAGGGCCGGUGUAUUCUGCCACUUUUAGUCCACUGGGGGAUUUUUUACUUUCCUCUUCAGCAGACUCAACAAUUCGGUUAUGGAGCACAAAACUAAAUGCAAAUCUUGUCUGCUACAAGGGCCACAAUUACCCAGUAUGGGAUGUUCAGUUCAGUCCUGUAGGACAUUAUUUUGCCAGCUCUUCACACGAUCGAACAGCAAGGAUUUGGUCCAUGGACAGAAUACUGCCUUUAAGGAUAAUGGCAGGGCACUUAUCUGAUGUUGAUUGUGUGCAAUGGCAUGUCAACUGCAACUACAUUGCCACUGGCUCUAGUGAUAAAACGGUCCGAUUGUGGGAUGUACAAAGUGGGGAGUGUGUCCGAAUUUUCAUUGGUCACAGGAGUAUGGUUUUGUCUUUGGCAAUGUCGCCUGAUGGCCGGUAUCUGGCCUCUGGUGAUGAAGAUGGCACAAUCAUGAUGUGGGACCUCUCAACCGGUCGGUGUGUUACACCUUUGAUGGGUCACACCUCGUGUGUAUGGACCCUUGCUUUUAGUUGUGAAGGUUCACUACUUGCAUCUGGGUCUGCUGAUUGCACUGUAAAAUUAUGGGAUGUAACUACGAGUUCAAAGGCGCCAAAGACAGAAGAAAACAAAGGUGGAAAUACCAACAGACUAAGAUCAUUGAAAACUCUUCCGACCAAGUCCACCCCCGUCUACGCAUUGCGGUUUUCUCGGAGGAAUCUUCUAUUUGCAGCUGGGGCCCUCUCAAAAAGCGUAUAGAGUGCUCUCUGUCCGCUAAGCAUUAUGUUUAUUUUGAUCUUAGCCCUCAGGACUUUACCUUGUUCAGAUUUGGUUUAUGGAAAUUUUGUUUUAAAUUGUUGCUGAAUCUUCUUUUGUAAAUUAAUACUCAAUGUAAAAAUUUUCAUUAGUGGAAGAAUUCGAAGAUGCUUAACAAACGCUA